CCAUACAUUAUUACGUCUGCUAACGUCGGAGGGUGGAUGUGCAUGUGUUCGUUUCCACCGCUGUAAAAAUGGGACGUUUUAUCGUUUAUUUCCAAUACAUUGGAACAAGAUAUAGGGGUGUUGUUAGAACGACUGGUCAUUCUGCUGCUGGAGAAAGGUUUAUUGGUGUCCAAAAUGUACUUGAAGGAGCAUUGGACGAGCUGAGACCAGUAGAUCCUGUUCGGCUUCAUGUUUCCAGCAGAACAGACUCCGGAGUCCAUGCCUUGUGUAAUACAGCUCAUUUCGACAUGGUCUUCAGGUCCAAGAGAACCGGUGAACCUCGGGAUAUACCUCCAGAAAGCAUUACGGCGGCUGUCAAUAAGAAACUACAGCAUCAGGAUAUCAGAAUCAUCAAGACUUUGAGAGUUCCAGACAACUUUCACAGCCAACAUCUUGCCAUGGGAAGAACAUACCUCUAUCGCCUUGCCUUGGGAUGUAGACAGAUACAGCUGCCCGUCUUUGAAAAGGAUAGGUGCUGGGCUAUCGAACAAAGGCUUGACAUCCCGUCAAUGGAGGAAGCAUCCAAAAGAUUUCUUGGUACCCAUGAUUUCACCACCUUCAGGAGUACCAGCGUAGAUGACGACAAGAAAUCUCCCAUCAAGACCAUCAAUAUGAUUGACUUCAGGACCACGCAUGGAUUUCUUGAUCAUCACUGUAACGAGACAGCUCGGUUAGAUUUCCUCGAGGUGACCUUUCAGAGUAGAUCCUUCUUAUACAGACAGAUUCGUAGAAUGACAGGAGCGUUAGUCGCAGUUGGUCUGGGUCGUAUAGCGCCCUCAGACAUCACAACCAUGUUGCAGUCAUGUGAUAACAGUCACAUGCAUGGUACUACAAUGGCUCCUGCUCAUGGCUUGUAUCUCAAAGAAGUACUGUACAAUGAAAAUGAUCUGAUAUUUCACAAUACCCCAUCAGAACCUAGCGAAGACACAUCCAUUACCUGAAAAAAGUUAUUGACAGUUUUCCCACGAUAUCAUCGACGUUAUACCGACUGCAAGAUUGAAGGAUUGAUAAGGUACACUCUUGUUUCAUCAAUAACCACUUGUUCUAACAGUUAAUUGAACUCUGCAUGGUCUAACAUCAUUUUGCUAACAACCAGUGCCGACUGCACGGAAACGUUGUUAGCCUAACAGAGCGCGAAGAGUAAGCCCAGUCACAUCUUUGGGAUUGUGAAGUCAAAACAUUUAUUUCAAUGUGUAAGUAGUGACAUUGGGCAUCGCUGCCACAAUACCGGUUGUAACAGGGCCUCUGUUAGCGCAAGCGCAUUGUUAAUGCUAACAACGUUUCUGUGCUGUCAGUACAGGGCCCGAUUGGCCCGUAUUCUGAAGUCUGGUUUAACUUAAACUCGGGUUUAAAUUUGUGGUUUAAGUAUGGAUAGCCAAUUGUUACAUAAAUCACCAACAGUAGAGAUAUCAUAUUUCAGCUCAUUUGGCUCUCAAAUCAUUCACAAUUGUCUAGGAAGUAUAAAUAGAUGAUCAUCUUCACCAUCGAUGAAUCAGGAAAGAGCACAGUGAAUAUAAGAAACAUGCAACUUAUUAAACAUUUUGACACUUUUGGCUUCCCAUAAUUUUAGCACAGAGUUAGACCAUGGUCUAAGUUAAACCUGACUUCAGAAUACUGGCCAUUGUGUUUAAGGUACCAUUAUGGUAAAUCUGUCAUCCAGUGGUAACUUUCAUUCUAUCUUUAAUUUUGAUUGGCUGUUGAGAAUCUUCACCAUGGAAGCUACCAAUGAUGGCAAACUUAUUGUAAUGGUAUCCUUUAUGUGACUGGACCCAGUUCAUCAUUAUUCAUUUAUUCAGUUCAAGUAUUUAGUUGUAUUUCAAUAUUUGGUCUAAUAUCCAGUUUUGGUAACCCUUUCAGUCUAACAUACAUGUAACUUGAGCUGAUUUUUGCUAAGAUUACAAUGAAAAAAGGUAAUUAGACCAUAAAAACAUGGCAAUAGAUUGGUAGCACAAGUGGCCUUUACAAUCAUUUUGCAAUUAGAUAAAAUGCCAGGUCAAGAAAAGGAAAGGGGGACCAUAAAAGGGUUAAGACUAAAUGCUGAUAAUGCUGAUAGUCCAUCUGGAAUUAGACCAAUCUAGUGUGUGUGUGUUUGUGCAUUUAGCUUGUACAUCUGUGUUUCAAUAAUGUAUGAUUACGCAUGCUUGGUACCGACCUUGAAUGUCGUCAUCCGAAGGACAUGGUCAGGGCUCAAAACUCAAACCUUGAGCCUCUGCAUCGGUUCAGAACUUUCGCAUUGUAGCUUGGAUUACAGGCAAUACAACAAUGCCCAAUCAGUUUUAGACAAAGUGUAUAUAAGGUUAGGACAGUUCUUUUAUCAUCUCACAGUGUUUGCUGUAGAAGAGUGAUAUCACUGAUAUCAGGGUCUAGCUACUCAGGGGUUUGUGAUCAAAUCAGAGAUUCAAAAUAACAAUUAUGAUUGGUAGUUGGGAGGUCAUUGGAACAAAUUGUGCAAGCAAUAAAUGAUCUUGUUUGGUCCUUGCAAUGUUUAUGGUUUAACACCACUUCUGUGUGAUAUUAUUCAUUUUGUUGCCUUGUAAUCUUAAAAAAGUGUUUCAGAGGGGAACUUAGUUUAUCUUGUCAGCUGUAUCUAAUUCUCAUUUUCUGGCAAAAGACAAAGUGCUGGUUAGAAGAAAAGAAAUAGCAUAUGGACCUAAAGUUUCAGCCAAAUGCUGAAAACCUAUAUCAAAAUGAAUUUAUAUCUAGCUCGAUGACUGAAUAUUUAUGUUAGAUUGAUUAUAUGUAAAGGUUAUGUGAAUUUUUAACCAUUUAUAAUAGAUGGGUUCCUUCUCUUCAUAUGUACAGAAGUUAAUUCAUACACUUGUACUGUGUAGAUUAAAUUAUCAUAAUUUGAGAUUUGUAACAGCAUUUGCUUGCUAUUCUCCAUGUUCUUUAUUAGAGUUAACAGUUUGUUAAUGAUUCACAAAGGUUUAGAUUUUUUUCAUAUAAGGAUGUAUGAAAUAAAGUGCCUAUUUUAUUUAUACACCGCAUAGGUAGAAUGAUUAAAUUUUUCUGAGAAAUAUCAGUGCAUUGUAGUACACAAACACAUCGUAGAGCUGUGCUCAUGUGUUGUCAUAAUAAUAGAACUUUUCAAAAUCAUUACUCUGUAAUUUCACCAAUCAUUCAUUGAAAUGUACUCUCAUAUUUCUGUUUUUCGUAGCAACUUGAUGGGAUUCCUCUUUAACACUUUUCACGCGUGCUUUGUACCAAUGCACACUCGGUGCCGAGCGAACUUCGCAUUUCGUGCUCAAACAAUCAGUGCUUCCCUCCCUGAUUAAUUCAGCACAGAGGGGUUCCUGACCCAGCGCACAAAGAGUUAAGUGAAAAUAACAGCAGAAAAAGGUGUAUCAAGGAUAGUAUUUACAAAUCAUCAAAUUCAAAUUUGUGCACAAAAGAGGUAUAAAUCUCAUCUUCCCUUAAUUUUUCAAAAAUUUUAUUAUUAAGUUUCAAAUAGUUAAUUUCAGUCAGUGGUUAUAUGAUAUAUAAAACACAUUAGCAAAAAUAUAUAAGUCAUAUUUAUAUAUUUUAGAAAUAUCUUAUUUAUUCAUUAAUUCAUCUACAGUUAUAUAUUUUAAAGGAUUUUAGUAUUAUUAGAAAUUCAGUAGCUGUACAUAUAGUGGUAUAAUAUCAAUCAUGUUUUCACAAUCAUACAAUAUGAGUCUAAUUUUUACAGACAUGUGCUCAAGAUGUACCCUGUAAAAUGUGUAUAAUAUAAGCUGGUGCCACUUCAGGUCAACUGAAGAUGGGGAAAUAUAUGGUGUCAAGUGACAUCUGCAAUGUAAUUAUUAGAAAGUUUCCUAUAUCAGUUUGCAAGUCAAAGGUAAAAAAACAGUCUUUGUUC